AUGGACAAGUUGGAUAUGGUUCAUCCAAGCUUAUAUGGGGACCAUCAAAUAUAUUUUACUGCACAAUGGACGGAUAAAUCCACAGGUCAUUGGUGGUUAUUUGCUGGUUUACAUAGAGUGCCAGUUGGGUAUUGGCCUAGAGAAAUAUUUACUCACUUAAGUCAGGGUUCAUCCUUGAUAAGAUAUGGUGGUGAAACCUUUGCUCCACCCAAUGUUGAUAGUCCCUCAAUGGGUAGUGGAAGAUUGCCUAAGGAGUUAUUCAAAAACUCUGGUUUCAUUGCAAACCUUCAGAUUGUGGAUUCAAAUUACAAUGAAGUUGAAAUAAAUCCCAAGGACAUGAAGUCAAAUUGCGAUACAACGCCUAAUUGUUAUAAUGUGUUAUACCAUGGUUAUGAAGGACCUGAUUAUCAUCAAGCUUUUCUCUAUGGUGGGCCAGGUGGACAUUGUGGUAUAUGA